UGUGUCUCAUCAGCAGAUGGUGCACGCACACUUGAAUACACAAGUUUUCUUUUUUAAAAAAUUUCUUCAUACACAACUUUCAGGUUCCUUAGCCUACAGCUCAGCUCCGUGAUCUAACCCAGUUCUUGAACAAGCAGCCAUCGUGCCUUUCCUGCAUGGACACUGGAACAACAUUUCAUAUGGCAGCUUUUCAGACCACUCCAUGGAGGCUGAUUUCUGGGGUCUUAGGAGUAAUGUGCCUUUUGUUGGUGGCUGCUUUGGGAGUUUUGUUGAAAAGUUCAUUUACUAAACAAAAUGUUCAGCCAACAUUCUCUCCAGGACCCUCCACAGAUCUCCGGGAAGGAUCUGGCUGCUGUUCUUGCCGAGAAAAGUGGAUUGGCUACCAAUGCAGCUGUUACUUCAUUUCUAAUGAAUCAAAAACAUGGAAAGACAGUAGAAAUUUUUGUGUUUCUCAUAAUUCCAGUCUACUUCAGAUACAAAACAGAAAUGAACUGUAUUUUAUGAACUCCAUUUCCUAUUAUUACUGGACUGGACUCUCUUACAGUGAAGAACAUCAUGGCUGGUUGUGGGAGGAUAAUUCUACUCUCUCCCAAGAUCUAUUUCUAUCCCUUCACCCUGUAAAUCCAAAGAACUGCAUAAUACAUGGCCCAAGCGGAAGUGUUAUGGAUGCAGACUGUGGAAAUAAAUAUCGUUAUGUCUGUAAGCAACAGCUUAUUUAGAUGUUUCUUGGGGCAGAAGGGGUGUGCAAUGAAGAUUCAGUAUACUUAGAAUGGUAACAUAUAUUACUAACUACCUACUUCUGGGAUCUGUAAAGUGUUUCAAAUUGUGUCUUAUCAAUCAUAAUUUUCAUGUAUUUGAAAAUGUGUUUAAAUUUUUUAUCAAGAUAUAAUUGACAUAUAACAUUACGUUAGCUUCAAGUAUACAACAUAACAAUAACUAGACACUAGGUCUAAUUAACAUCCAUCAUCAUAUAUAGUUAUAAUUUUUAAAUUUUGCCAUGUGUCUUAAAAUUGAUGAAAUGUGUGCCUACACCUAAAAUUAUAGUCAAGAUAAAUAAUUUCAUGAAUAUUAAUGUAUAUGGUAAAUAGUGAAUUUAAUAGUUUAUGCAUAUAUUCUUGGAAAUUCUCUCUGUAGAAGUUUAAAUAAAACUUAAUUCAUGCCAAAUAAUAUAUAUCACAUCAUAUCAGUCCUUUGUAUGGCGUACUAAGUUGAGAAGUCCCAUCCUCAUCUCUCUUUUUCUGGAAGUAAAAAUAAUUUUAGUGUUCCUUUUCAAUUCUUUCUGGAUAUCUAUACAUCUAUAUGUUCUAAUUUAGAGCUGAAAGUGCCAUAUAAUAGUUUCUUCAUAUGUAUCACCUGGCCUCAGAGGGGAACACAUUUGUGUGUCUUCUCUUGAUGCUACAGAGUUCUGCAGAACAGUUGGAAGUCUUUGGCCAAAUAUAUGGUCUCACGUGAUUGCUUUCAUAUUUUACAAGAGGAAAGGGCAUCUAAGCCCUGAUCAUAUAAAUUUAUAAUACUUAUUUCUUUACUCCACAUAUUUUUCUUGCCUAUGCUUAUCCAUCAGUAAAAAAAGCCAUUCUUACAUGUACAUUGAAGAUUUUAAUCUCUAGCCAGUCCCCAAAGCCUUUUCCUAAAAGUAUGUACCAAAAACUAAAUACUGUAAGAUGUUACAGAAAAACCCGAAUGAACUUUUGGGCCAACCCAAUAAUUACCCUUUUUUGGGGGUGGAGGAGGGGCUAGCUCAUUUUAUUGAAGGAUUUCUAAAUAGGUAAAAGAAAGGGUGGGAACACAAUGAGUUCUGAUGCCCAUCUGACCUGGAAGAGAUUUUCCCAACCUCACAGAUAUCAAAAGCCAAUUCCCUUUUUGUAAUUGUUGCAUCUACAUCUUAAAAAUUGUGUAUUGACAUCUAUAUUUGCUCUCUAGUUUUAUAUUUUAAUUAAAUAAUAAUAAUUAAGAACCCAAAGUUGAUUUUUAAAAUACAAAGAGUCAGGAAGAGGAAAGAUCCUCUUAUGUUUUAUUUCUCAAAAUAUAAAUAUAAUAGUACUACAACUUGAACUCUUCACAUUCUUGUAUGCAGGUUGACUUAGGAAAAAUGCACUUAAGUUAUACUAUGCAAAAUUCAGGAUAGACUAUAACAUCUUUCAAAUGUUUAACUUGGACUAAGUGAACAUGCAUUGCACUUUCUAGAUAUUUGAAAUGUUUUGCCUUUGCUGUCCAUGUGAUUUUCAUAAUAAUAUAGUUUAAUUGAAUUUAAAAAGAACAUUAUAGGCAAGCUUAUAAUGAAAAUAAAUACUUUUCUGUUCCAACUGUCCCAUCAAUCUGUCCUCUUCCCACAAAAAUUUCCUCUGAGUUUUUUGUGUGUUUCUUUUUUUUUUUCCUACCUAGAGUAGUUUUCUCUGUAAUGAACCAAGGAUAGUCUAUUUUCAUAAUUUUUGUCCAGGAUGAAUCUCAACUCUGUUUAUUUAGCCACAUUAAAGUAUAGGUUCAAAUUGUUACUUUCAUAUCAGCACACUAUAAAGUGUCCAGAGUUCAAUCAGCCUUUUUUUUUUUUUCUGAGAACUCAUGAACAUUUAUUACAAUGCUGCAAGAACAAUGAGGGGACGGAAGGUGUUAAAUAUGACAGAGAGUAAUCUAUGUCAACAUUGUCUCCAUUGAGGGAAGAAAAUUCCUGUUGCCACCCACUUAUAGCUCAGAUGUUUUUUUAAGCUCCCAUAUCUUUUCAGGGCAUUGUGAUGGAAAGUGCUGAUUUGAAUGAAGAGUACUGGUCACCCAUGGCAGUGGCCUGCUCACAUCUGGCCCCAUCAUACUAAUCACAGUCAAUCCAGGACCAUCUGACCCAUUUCAUUUUUAUUAUUUUUUUCUGCCACUCUUACCUGCAUUCUGCUUUCCUUCAUCCUGAAAAUAUCUUUGUAGUCCUUGGGAUGGGAACAACAUUUUUUUUUUUUUUUUUUUUUGGUACGC